AUGUUCAAUCCUGACAUGUUUGUCAACCGCAACUACACAAAACAAGCGUUCACGUUUGGCACGGAGCCCGACAGCCGAUUUACAGUUGAACUCACCGUCUUGCCCUCUGCCUCGACCGACUUCGAUUUGACCGGGCAGGUGGUCUGGCCUUGCGCCACAUGGUUCAGCGAGUACCUGGUGGACCACCCUGAACUCGUCCAAGGCAAGAACGUGCUCGAGCUGGGCGCAGGCGUCGGGCUGUGCGGUUUGGUGGCGCACAAGCUGGGAGCCAAGGUGUGCAUCCUGACGGAGGGCAACGACGAGGUCACCACGAUCCUGAAGCAGAAUGUGGAGGAGCUCCUCCUCAAGCAGGCCUCCACCAACGAGGAGGGCCGCGGCGUGCUCGAUGCCGCCAAGCACCUGUGGGGCCAGGACCUGGACGCCUUCGAGCAGCGAUUCCCCUACAAGUACGACGUCAUCAUGGGAUCGGACAUCAUCAGUGUCAACUUCUUUUCUUUCAGUUUCUUUGAUGAUGGCCUGGAGGGCAUGAUGCUCACCCUCGACCGAUUGCUGCACCGUACGAAGGAGGCAGUUGUCUUCCUCGCCUAUUCUCGGGUGGGCGAGCGCAAGCUGAUGCGGCUUAUCGAGGCCAGCAACUUUGUGGCGACGACGAUCGCCCAGCAGGGCGAAAACGAGACCUACAUCCUCGCCCUCCACAGGAAAUUGUAG